AUCUCGCCAUGCUACGCGAUAUAGGUAUAAAACACACGUGGAUGCAAAGGUAUUGAUGCACCAGUAUGUAAUAAAUAAUGAUGAUGAUAUUAUCGACGAUAACGGUAUUGAUACAUAUAAGUAUACGAACAACAACGUAGAGGAAUUGAAAAUUUGAAAUCCGAUUGCGCGCCACAAGAAAUAUGCGAGCCUGAACUCUUCAGCCAACGCUGCGAGCGUAUAAUAAUGAAAAAAAAAAAAAAAAACAGUACUGAAAGAAAUUAAAUCAGAUAAAAUCAGAGCUGCAGAUAUUCUGGGCUGUGGAUAUCGAGCCCUUGAAUCUUGUCGUAUAUCACGUGAACGAUUUAUGACAGUUCCGGUAAUCAGCGCGCUAGUUUUGUCCUGCAUGUCCGGUGUACUGGCAGAGAAAUUAAAUUUUACUCAACGUUUCCAAAGGCGAUUUCUCCCUCAGCUUCAGCCCCCUGGUGAGAUGAACAAUGUUGACCCUUGGCGGACCUCGAAAUUAUCUUCAUCUCUACCAACGGCUGGACUUCGAGACAUUUUCUACCUUCCUGAAGAUGAUUACAGCAAUAAUGAUCUCGAAGACGUCUUAUCCAACGACGAAGACCUCCCAGAAAUUCGAAGGGACGAUCGGAAUUCGCUGUCGUCUACGGAGUACCGAAGCCUUUGUCAAACCAAAACUAAGACAGUUCAGCUAACGGAUGAUCAGCACGAGUACCAGCCGCCACAUUUUCACGAAGUUUAUUGCAAGAGCUAUUCCUUCGCGGAACGAGUCCAAGCCUUGGCUAGACCUGCGCAACAAAUGUGCGCCCACCCCAGUUUCCACUGUGUUCAGAGAAGUAAAACCCUGUUCAUGGUCAGACGACGCUGGGACAGCGAUUGUUGGGAGCCCUUUUCUAGACAAGUCGCAAGUGGGUGCGAAUGCAUGUGGCCUGUUACCACCCUAGGUGACAUAACCGGACAUUAUUAACAGUUGGAAGAUGAUAAUAUAUUUUUCAAGACGUGUAUACUUCGGCGAUAUGCGAGUAUUAUUUGUGAUGCGUUUUAUUUUUUAGAUGUCCGCAAAAAAAUUGCUAUCACGUUAUAUCAAUAAUUAAAAAAUGAUGAUUGAAUAA